AUGAACACCGAAGAUCCAUCACAACAACUUGAUAUACCUCUGCAUGUCAAGUACAUUAAGUCUUUGGGCGAAAGUAAAGAUGAUCUCAUGUAUCAUCUAACAGCUCAUCUGCGCAUGAAUGCCAUUUAUUGGGGCCUGACUGCGCUCUGCAUUAUGAAACACAAGGAAGCUCUUGCUCGCGAAGAGAUGGUUGAGUUUGUCAUGAGCUGCUGGGACGAUGAAGCUGGAGCAUUUGGGGCACAUCCGGACCAUGACGCGCACUUACUGUCGACGUUGAGUGCUAUACAAAUACUGACCACACAGGAUGCCUUGGACAGGAUUGAUAUUCCUAGAGUUGUAAAGUUUAUUCUAUCCCUCCAGCAGCCCUCUGGUGUAUUUGCAGGGGACUCGUUCGGCGAGAUCGAUACGCGGUUUUCGUAUUGUGCCGUCAAUGCACUGUCUCUCUUAGGACAUCUACAUGAGCUCGACGUUGAGAAGACAGUAGAUUAUAUCCGACGCUGCAAGAAUUUUGACGGCGGCUUUGGUGCGUGUGUCGGUGCCGAAAGUCAUGCGGCACAAGCAGCACUCGCGAUUUUAGACAAAUUAGAUGAGAUUGACCAUGAAACGCUUGCGUGGUGGCUUGCAGAGAGACAAUUACCAAAUGGGGGUCUUAACGGGCGGCCGGAGAAAUUAGAAGAUGUAUGCUACAGUUUUUGGGUGCUGUCGUCCCUGUCAAUCUUAAAAAAGGUCUCAUGGAUUGAUCCGGAAAAGCUCACUGCAUUCAUCCUAUCUGCUCAGGAUCCUGACAACGGUGGCAUCGCAGAUCGCCCAGGCGAUCAACCGGAUGUCUUCCACACUCAUUUUGGCGUUGCAGGCAAGUGA